AUGGGUGAAGAGUGUUUGGCACAAAGAAGAAAGUGUUUUGGGAAAACGUCUGAGACCCACGAGGAACCAUGGACUGGGCUAGACCUUUGUUCCCAAGGAAUAAGGAAUAUCUCCAAGUCUCUGUUUGAUAUGAGAUUCAUUAGAGUCUUGAACCUUUCAAAUAAUGAGAUAGAGACCAUUCCGAAGGAAAUAUGCAACUUGAGAUGCCUUGAGGUGCUUAAUCUCAGCAAAAAUAAGAUCAGAAGCAUUCCUCCAGAAAUUGGGAAGGUUGUUAGUCUGAAGGAGUUGAACUUGAGUGACAAUCUGAUUUCAAACAUUCCUAUGGAGAUAGGAACGCUCUACAACCUUGAGAGUCUUGAGAUAGCCAACAAUCCAUUAAUAGUGCCAUUCAACACGCUUAUAAGGGAUAAGAAGCUUCUCCAAUUCUGUAGGGAACAUAACACAGGGUAUCCUCCUCCAAACGAUAGGUCAUGGAUAGAAAGAUUGAAUAAGAAUGCUUUCCACAAUGAUGUAAUAAGUGUCGGAACAUUCAACAUCUUAUCAAAUCUUUGGGCAGCAAAGCUAACCUAUGCACCAUCGUGGGUUAUCAAUCCAGAGUUUCGAAGAGAAGGAAUUCUACAGGAAAUAGUUCUGUACAAUGUAGACAUACUAUGUCUCCAGGAAAUUGAGCUUUAUAGCUUUUUCGAUUUCUAUAAAGAGCAACUGGAGAUGAGGUGUAGCUAUGACUCAAUAAUCUAUCCUCGAGGAAAGGUCAGAAGUGUUCCGGACAAGAAGGCAGUUGAUGGAUGUGCUAUAUUUUGGAGAAGAAACAAAUUUAGAUUGAUUGCUCAGUUUCCUAUUGACUUCUACCAGAAAGUAUCCCAAGACACAAGAUUCAAUACUAACCAAGAGCUGCUUGACAGAUAUGGAAAAAAGGAUAACGUAGCAAUUGGGGCUCUUCUGGAGAGGCCUAAUGGUCAGCAGAUAUUAGUGGUGAAUACUCACAUAUUUUGGGAUCCUGAUUAUCCAGAUAUCAAACUACUUCAAACAGUCUUACUUAUUGAAGAGAUCAGAAAGAUCAUUUCGAGGCAUCCAAACGCAUAUCUGUUUUUGCAAGGAGACUUCAACUCCCUCAGAUCUUCGUCAGUCUACAAGUCAAUAACAACCCAGACAAUAGAUUUAACAGACUUUGGGAAUAUUGCACAUCAUCUUUCCAUCCAAGAGCUUGGUGAUGGCUUAAAGCUCAAUGAUUCUUACCUAAACCAAGACCUUGGGUUCACUAACUUCACUCCCGUAUUCAAGGAUGUCAUUGACUACAUAUUCUAUGAUAGCAGGAUGGUAUUGGCAUCGGUACUGUCUCCAGUAGAAGAUGAGUACACAGAGAACGUUGCAGGCCUUCCAAACAUGCACUUUCCUUCAGAUCACAUUUUCUUAGGUGCAAAAUUUACCUUUCCCAAUAGGAACACUACUCAGAACGUGUUUGGAAGGAAUCUUCGGCAAUAA